AUGGCCAAGAUUAACACCCAAUUCUCCCACCCCGCGGUAAGGACCACGGACAGAGAUCUCGACAAUGUUGAAAAUGGCCUCAGCAGGGUCCACUUGCCGAGCGAGGAGACUUCGUCAGAACUGCAGCAGGAGAUUGCCAUGGAGACCAGAGGACUGGCAGAGUCUAGGCGAAGCUCCUACACCAGCCAGGGGCCCGCCAGGAUGUCUCGCCUGAUCAUCUCACUGCGAGCAUGGGCCACCAGGCACGUACACCAUGAGGCCCAGAGAACGGACUCAUUCCUGGAGCGUUUCCGUGGAGCUGAGCUAAAGGAGGUGUCCAGCCAAGAAAGCAAUGCCCAGUCAAAUACGGGCAGCCAGGAGCCACCAGACAGAGGGAGAGGAAAAAAAAAAAAAAAGAAGGACAGCAUUGUGGUGGAUCCCUCCAGCAACAUGUACUACAACUGGUUGACAAUCAUUGCCCUGCCUGUCUUCUACAACUGGUGUCUGCUGGUGUGCAGGGCCUGUUUCGACGAGCUGCAGUCCGAGCACGUGAUGUUGUGGCUGGUCCUGGACUACUCGUCCGAUGUCCUCUAUGGCAUGGAUAUGCUGGUGCGAGCCCGGACAGGCUUCCUUGAACAAGGCUUGAUGGUCAAGGAUGCCCCGAGACUGUGGAAGCAUUACACAAAGACUGUGCACUUCAAACUGGACAUAUUAUCCCUGGUCCCCACAGACCUGGCUUAUUUUAAGUUGGGCAUAAACUACCCAGAACUGAGGUUCAACCGCCUCCUGAAGUUUGCCCGGCUCUUUGAGUUCUUCGACCGCACAGAGACGAGGACCAACUACCCCAAUUUGUUCAGGAUCGGGAACUUGGUCUUGUACAUCCUCGUCAUCAUCCAUUGGAACGCCUGCAUCUACUUUGCCAUUUCCAAGUUCAUUGGUUUUGGGACAGAUUCCUGGGUCUAUCCAAACGUCUCAAACCCAGAGUAUGGACGCCUCUCCAGGAAGUACAUUUAUAGUCUCUAUUGGUCCACCUUGACCCUGACCACCAUCGGGGAGACCCCACCUCCUGUGAAAGACGAGGAGUAUCUGUUUGUGGUCAUAGACUUCCUAGUGGGUGUCCUGAUUUUUGCCACCAUUGUUGGCAACGUGGGCUCCAUGAUCUCGAACAUGAAUGCUUCACGGGCUGAGUUCCAGGCCAAGAUUGACUCUAUCAAGCAGUACAUGCAAUUCCGCAAGGUGACCAAGGACUUGGAGACUCGGGUGAUCCGGUGGUUUGACUACCUGUGGGCCAACAAGAAGACGGUGGAUGAGAAGGAGGUACUCAAGAGUCUCCCAGACAAACUGAAGGCCGAGAUCGCCAUCAACGUGCACCUGGACACUCUGAAGAAGGUUCGCAUCUUCCAAGACUGUGAGGCAGGGCUGCUGGUAGAACUGGUGCUCAAGCUGCGGCCUGCAGUGUUCAGCCCAGGGGAUUACAUCUGCAAGAAGGGGGACAUCGGGAGGGAGAUGUACAUCAUCAAGGAGGGCAAGCUGGCUGUGGUGGCUGAUGACGGGAUCACCCAGUUCGUGGUCCUCAGUGAUGGGAGUUACUUUGGGGAGAUCAGCAUCUUGAACAUCAAGGGGAGCAAGUCAGGGAACCGCAGGACAGCCAAUAUCAGGAGCAUCGGCUACUCGGACCUAUUCUGCCUUUCCAAGGAUGAUCUGAUGGAGGCUCUCACCGAAUACCCAGAGGCCAAGAAGGCCCUGGAGGAGAAGGGACGGCAGAUCCUGAUGAAGGACAACCUGAUUGAUGAGGACGUGGCCAGGGCCGGGGCGGACCCCAAGGAUAUUGAGGAGAAGGUGGAGCACCUGGAGUCCUCCCUAGACACCCUGCAGACCAGGUUUGCACGCCUCCUGGCCGAGUACAAUGCCACUCAGAUGAAAGUGAAGCAACGUCUCAGUCACCUGGAAAGCCAGGUGAAGAUCGGCACGAGUGACCCUCUGGCUGACGGGGCCACUCCUGGGGAGGCUAAGAAAACAGAGACCAAACAACAGUGA